UUAAAUAUGUUUUUCAAUACAUCUUGCAACCUUGUAUACAAGCCAAUUCCUCGAGGUUAGAAUUUUGACAAUGGCUGCGGACGGACGUCGUGUUUCUCCUGCCCUUGCAAUUCGCUCUAGCGUGGGGAUAGAACUUUGGGCUUCGUCGGGUGCAAAACUCCCGUACGAGUACAAGUCAAACCUUCCACGAGAGGAGACGAAAAAUUCUCGAUCGAUAUCAUUUAGUCCGGAUGGUCGUUAUUUCGCAUUGUCUAACGGGCAUGAAAUUAAAGUUCUCAAGAGCAAUGAUUGGCAAAUACAAUGUUCAUUGCCGCGUCCUAAAGCUUUUUAUCUCAAAUUUUCUCCUCGUGGCAAUUAUUUAUGCACUUGGGAAUUAUAUGCCGUUACAAAGGAUAAACCAGAUGGUUCACCAAAUAUGUUUGUAUAUGAGUUAACGACUGGCGAAGAAGUGUUGUCAAUUGUUCAAAAGAAACAAACAGACUGGGAACCAUCAUGGUCGACGGACGAGUCCAUUUUUGCCAUUGUUGUAGGCGGAGAGGCACUUUUUUAUGACUUAAGCAAGGGUAUUGCCGGCUUCAAGGAAACAAUGCGAAAAAUUGGCGGCAGUCGAGGUGGAAUGUUAUCCUUGGGACCUGGUGUAAGUCCGUUCUUAGCAUUUUAUACGCCAGGGGGUAAGGAUUCACCAUCGAUGUGUAAACUAUAUAAGUAUCCUGCACUUUCGCAAAAUCAAACCAUAGCAUGUAAAAGCUUUUUCCAAGCUGAUCGCAUAGAAAUGUUAUGGAAUAAGAGAGGCACAGGCUUGCUUUUGUUGACAAGUACUGAAGUAGACAAGAGCGGUGCCUCUUAUUAUGGUAACCAAGCGUUGCAUUUUAUGGCCACAAAAGGUGAUACGUGUUCGGUGCCAUUAUCUAAGGAAGGACCCGUACACUGUGUUAAAUGGAGUCCAAAGGCUAAUGAAUUCGUUGUUGUGUAUGGUUUCAUGCCAUCCAAAGCUGCUUUAUAUAAUCUAAAAUGCGACGUUGUUUUCGAUUUUGGUGAAGGCCCUCGCAAUUGUGCAUAUUUUAAUGCCUUUGGAAAUUUAGUUGUUUUAGCUGGUUUUGGAAACUUGCCUGGUAAUGUUGAAAUAUGGGACGUUCAAAAGCGUGAAAAAUUGGUGAAUAUUAAGUGUCCUGACACUACCCAAUUUGAAUGGAAUCCAAACGGCGAGUAUUUUAUCACUGCCACUACAUCCCCGAGACUACGAAUAGGUAACGGGUUUAAGGUAUAUCAUUACUCUGGUGCAUUAAUGCACGAAACUAUUUGGCCGGUAGGACAGGAGUUAUUGGGAGUAGAAUGGCAACAGUUUCCUGAAAACACUUUCCCAGAACCUGUUAUAACAAAAGUGAAGCAGGAGGGUAUAAAAUCGAGUCAACCUGAAGCAAGCAAAAAAGCGUAUACGCCACCACAUCUUCGCCUAAUGAAGGAGGGUAAAAAUCCAGAAAAUUAUAUUCCACAACCGAAAGUCACAAUUCCAGGAAUGACAACAGGAAAUGGAGCAGCAAACAAGCGGAAUUCUUCAAAAUCAAACAAGAAUAAGUCGCGAAAUAAAAAGGAAGCUGCAGUUAUUCUUGAAGGUCCUGUUUGUGAAGUUGUAGAUAAUGCAAAUCUUGACACAACUAAAUCUGAUGAAUCUGUAAAACGUCAGCGGUCUUCAAAUACGAAUCGAAGACAACAAGCAAAAAAUAAAGCUGCAAAUCAGCAAGUUGUUGCUACAGUAAAAGAAAAUGGCAGUGAAACUGAAAUUCAACAACAACAGCAACACCAGCAAUUGCAACAGCAACAGCAACCAAGAAAGGUGGUUAAUGCUGAAAAGGAUAAGAAAAUACGAGUUGUUGCUAAAAAGUUAUCUGACAUUAAGAAACUUAAAGCUCGUCAAGAGCAAGGUGAAACCCUCGAAAUAAAUCAACUGAACAAAAUAUCUAUGGAAGGUAAAUUGCUUGAGGAAUUGAAGUCUUUGAAGUUAUCUGCUUAGAUUUACUUACAAGGACCUGUGGGAGCAAUUCUGUCAUUUGGCAUGAUUAACGCUCAAUUAAAUUUGUAGUGUUUAUGUGGUUUGGCGUCCAGCGUUUUCCAUUGUUUUAAAAAUUCAAAAUUAUCAUUGGUAAAUUUUCGUUUGAGUUUUGAUAUAUAUUUUGUAUGUUAAAUUAAUUUUUUUUUACUUAUAAAUUUGUAACAAAAUUAAACUAUUGUGAUUUGUGAACCAUCAGGAAUAAGCCACUAAAGAAUUAAUAAAAGUAAAUUAUUUAAUUAUAA